CGCGCAGAGCUUCCCCCCUCACAUGCUAUAUAGCCCCAAAGUUGCGGCUUUCAUUCAGCCCUCACUCUCUCACUGGCCUUCUCUGCUCCAUUCUCGUCUGUACAUACAGACACAGAAUUCCACAUCGAGAGAGAGAGAGAGAGGGGAGAGCGAGAGAGAGAUGGGUGUUGAUCUGAGACAAGUGGUGGCAGGAAUCCUGACUGUGACCAUGUUCGUGAUGCUGGGGAACAUGAUCAAGAGGGAGCAUUUCGAUUCUGCUGAAAAAAAGCUCCCUGGAGUGCGAGAGGACACAACUUAUGACAGCAGCGAACAUGUCAUUACUGUUACCCGGAAAAAUGCAGUGGGCCCAUGGAAGGAGGAUGAUGAAGAGCUGAAACGAUGUUGGAGUAAUCCUAAUUUGGAAGCUUCAGAUGACUCAAAGGGUUUCAUCACUUUUUCACUAACCAACGGCCCUGAAUACCACGUCUCACAGGUUGCUGAUGCUGUAGUAGCGGCAAGGCAUUUGGGAGCCACUCUGGUACUCCCAGAUAUUCGUGGAAGCGAAGUGGGCGAUAAGAGGAGUUUUGGAGAUAUUUAUGAUGUGCACAAAUUCAUAAGGAGCCUCAAUGGGGUGGUGAAAAUAGCGAGACAGCAGCCUUCUGAUUUGCCAGAGACACUUGCAGUCGUGAAGGUCCCCAACAGAGUCACACGAGACCAUGUUAUCAAGGACGUAGAACCGAUAUUUAAGAAAAGGGGCAGCAUCAGGCUGGCAACUUACUUUCCAUCGGUGAACAUGAGGGGACCUACCCAGAAGAGCGAAACUGAUUCAAUCGCAUGCUUGGCAAUGUUUUCUGCCCUGGAAUUGCGGCCAGAGGUUCAGGAAGUGGUCGAUUCGAUAGUGGAGCGUCUGAGGGCUCUCAGUAGGAAGUCCGAUGGGCAGUUUCUGGCUGUGGAUAUAAGGGUAGAGAUGCUCUCAAAGAAGAGCUGCCAAACAGGUAGAAGCUGUUAUGGUGCUCGAGAGAUCGCUGAAUUCUUGCAGAAGGUUGGGUUCGAUAAAGAUACAACAAUCUACUUGACUCAGUCAAGGUGGGAUAACAGCCUCAAUGCCCUGAAAGAUAUCUUCCCCAAAACCUAUACAAAGGAGGGGAUAGUGCCUGCAGACAAGAAGGCGAAGUUCCUCGGAUCUGAAAAUUCAGAAUUUGAAAAAGUUAUCGAUUACUAUAUCUGUGCUCAGAGUGACGUCUUUGUACCAGCAAUCUCGGGUCUGUUCUACGCUAACGUUGCUGGGAAAAGAAUCGCUUCUGGGAAGACACAGAUUCUUGUUCCCACUAAUAUCAAGGAUUCAUCAGCACCACCUACUGAAUUUAUCUCCAGUUACGUGGCCAAGAAGAACCAUCUGGCGUAUUCGUGUUUCUGCUGAUCAUCCUUGGGAAAACAAAUCGAAGUCUAUAAAUCUAUUGUGUUUUGAUUUUUUGUAUUAAGUCUAUGUCCCAAGCUUCUCUAAUGUCCGGUUUAAAGAAAUCGAUGGCUUGUGAUAUUUAUAGACGACAGAUUAGUAAUCCUUGUACUUCCUGUGGAUGUUGUUAAAGAAAAUGAAAAAGUAUUUGGUUUCAGAA